AGUGCUGAAAGGUGCACAUCACUGAAGGAAAGUUUAAAUCAACCCUGCCCCCUGUUGUUACCGGCCUGUGGAUACACUGCAGGCUGAGGGGGAGUUGGAAAAAGAGUGUGUAGUUUAUAAAGCUCAUCAGUAAAAUAUCAUCAAAAGGAUUUUAUUGUCUAAGAUUUAGAAACCACAACUGAGGGAAUGUGCCUAUGUCUCUUUUGUGUUAUGACACAAGGUGACUCUGGUGGGCAUAAAUUUAUAGCAAUACAAACAUAGCUCCGUGUUCCUGUAAGAUUUCCCUAGCCUUGGGCCUUGCCACCAGCCUCACUGGUUCUUAAACAAGCUCCGCCGCCCUCUGGCACCGCUGGUGUGCUUCUCACAGACUGCGAGAUUUAUUGUUGAGUUGCAAGGCAGAGAAAACACACAACAUUUUUCCUGUUGGUCUGCAGUGAGUCACAGCAGCAGCCAUCACCUCUCAGUGAAGUAGCUGCUGCUUUUCUCUUAACUUGUCUCAGCCUCCUGACUGAUGUUCAGACUGGAAAUUACAAUAAGGCUGCACACAGUGAGCCCGGUUUGAGUUGACCUUGCAGUGCUGAAACAUCAUCAUUUUUGCUUCGGUUCAUAGAAAGCUAAGUUUAUUGUUUGGUUCAUCACAGGAUCCCUCCACCACCUACCAUAAACUUUGCUUCUGUGAAGCUCCUUCAGUGCAAACACAGGCGCUUCGAUCAGCGUCAAAGGGAAUAAGUCAGGGGUACGUAAUGUUGCAUUUACGCACUUUGCUAUUGUGAAUACCACAUAACUAGAUUCUCCAUUACUCCUCCAUUACAAUACCACUGAGAUUAUAAACAGACCUGACAGCUGUGAUGGUGCACAGGCAAGGCGCACUGUUCGGAAAAGGGCACAGUGGAUCGCAGUAAAUCCCUGCAGCACAGGUGUGAUCGACAACCAGUGGCAGUAAAAGGCGCUUUGCCAGAAACGGUUCAUAGGAGCAGCUCGUCUCUGACCUCCACCUCUUUCACCUUCUGCUCAUUUCAAUGUCUUGCUCCUGCUGUCCACAGGAAAUCAUAUUGUUUGAGAUUGCUUCCUCUGAGAGCAGGAAGAGGUAUUCGAGGGAGGGAGACUGUAGCCAAAAAACAGCCUCUCUCCACUUGUUCUGAAUUCUGCUUUGUCUUCCUUUCUCAUCGCUGUGUAUGUACACCAUGUGCCCAGACUGACGGACUAUAAGUCCUUUCCAAAAGAGGUAGUUUACGCAAUCAAAUCCUGCUUACAAGAUAUCAGCAUCUAAAUGGUGCACAGCUUUAGAGCCACGGGUGAACUUUGGCACCCUUGAAACUAAUAUUGCAUUAAAUUAAGAAACUGUGUGAGGGUCUGAAUACCACUGUAGCAUUGUACAAAAAGAUUAGGGAACAAUAGGUCUUCACCUAAUCUCCCUUUAAAAAGCAAAACUCAUAAAUCAUUAAAAACAUGUAUCCUCUUAAAGAACGUCAUUUUACAAAAUGACUUGUUCUGGAUCUCUUCUAUGCUCAUGGCUCAAAUCUGGGAUUCAUUUAGAAAAUGAUGACACAUACAAACCAGCAAGAGAUUGUCACACAGUUUGUCAUAGCCCCGGGGGAAAUGCAUUGUUACCCUGGUUUGCACAGGUUUGUUGUCAGUAUCAGCUGAUAAGAGGCUGUUUUAAUGUGCGGUCUCCUGGCAUUGUGCUGGCUGGAUUCUCAGUCACUUCCUCAACUCUGCGGCUGUUUGCGAUUUACUUCCAGUAAAGAUCAUGAGCUUUUUAUCCGUUUAAGGCUUUGGGCCAGCUGCUCUCCAGUUAUCGAAGGUGUCAGAUGUAUGCUGGAAAAACAGCACAGCACAGUUUUCCUGUGCUGCGCAUUGGCUUGUCAGCCUUGGGCUGUGGAUGGAGGUUGAACAUUUCUUUUCCAAAAUGUUGUCAUACUGGUGUUUUGUUUCCUACCACUCUGUGCUGUAGAGAUAGGGAGCACAAUGCCCUGAUUUUCCAUCUUAUUGCCAUAUAUAUACUUCAUAGAGACACCGAGGGAGGGGGCGAGACAGAUGGUCAUGGUCAUUUAGACCAUAUCUCGCUGUCACACAUAACCAGAGUCAGUGUUAGCCAGCUGAUUCAAAACCUUGCACUGUGGACCAAACAGCUAUUUGCUAUGGAAACAGCCGCUCGAGGAUUUCCUUCAGGAAGAGAUGAGAGGUGAAACUCCCCCUUUCCCCCUCCGGUGCACCCUCUUUUCACCUUCCCCGUUGUUCCUACCAGCUCUUUGUGCUUCAGGUGUGCGCCCAGGCCGUGAGUAGUGAUGGGGGACUGGAGCCUCCUGGGGAAUUUCCUAGAGGAAGUCCAGGAACACUCCACUUCGGUUGGAAAGAUUUGGCUCACCAUCCUCUUCAUCUUUCGUAUCCUGGUGCUGGGCACAGCGGCAGAGUCCUCGUGGGGGGACGAGCAGAGCGAUUUCCUCUGUGACACCCAGCAACCUGGUUGCACCAAUGUGUGCUACGACAGGGCCUUCCCCAUCGCACACAUCCGCUACUGGGUGCUGCAGAUUGUCUUUGUCUCUACGCCCUCCCUCAUCUACAUGGGCCACGCCAUGCACACAGUGCGCAGGGAGGAGAAGCGGCGAAAGAGGGAGCAGGAGGAGAGAGAGGCGAGAGGUGAAGAGGGAGGAGACCUGGAGGGGGAGAAGGAGUACCUCCAGCAGAAGGACAGCGGAAAGGAGGUGAUGGCUGAUGGGAGUGGCAGAGUUCGCCUAAAAGGGGCGCUGCUGCGGACCUACGUCCUGAGCAUCUUGAUCCGUACAAUGAUGGAGGUGACCUUCAUUGUGGUGCAGUAUCUUAUCUAUGGGGUGUUCCUCGAUGCGUUGUACCUAUGCAAGGAAUUGCCCUGUCCCAAUCCGGUUAACUGCUACAUGUCACGGCCCACGGAGAAGAAUGUCUUCAUCGUCUUCAUGCUGGUGGUGGCCGGCGUUUCUCUGCUGCUCUCUGUGUUGGAGCUCUACCAUCUCGGCUGGAAGAGCAUCAAGAAGUGCAUACACAAAAAAAUGAUGCAAAAGAGCAAGCAGAGAGCUGUGACGGUAGCAGUGUCCGCAGCCUUGGAGUCCAACACCUCACCACAACCCUCAGCCUCCUGCACCCCACCUCCUGACUUCAACCAGUGCCUGACAGCCCCCGCCUCCAUAAACCGCAUGACCUCCAUGGCCUCUCAUCCCUUCAACACCAGAAUGGCGCUGCAGCAGAACUCAGCCAAUCUGGCAACUGAGCGACAUCGUAGCUGCGACAACCUGGAGGAUGAUGACGACUUCCUCAGGAUGAGAUACAACCAGGUACCGACAGACCUGCCCAAUAACUGCUCGCCAUUGCCUCUGCUGCACUCAGUGUACCUGAAGGACAAACGGCGCCUGAGCAAGACCAGCGGGACCAGCAGCAGGGCUCGCCAAGAUGACCUGGCAGUAUAAAUUCACAAAGUGUGGUGUAUGAGGAAGAGAGGAAGAAGGGCUGGACCUUCGGAAGUAAAGUGUGUCUGGGAGAUAGCUCUCUGUGAUGGAGGCAUGGGCUGAGGCUAACUAUGCACUGUAGCACCAAGGCCUGACACUUGAGCACAUGUGAUGAGUGGAUAAUGUGAACUUGACUUGUGUGAGCUUUGUGCACUAGAGCUCUAAAAAAACUGCAAAACAAGCUGUAAAGGAGAAUAAUGAGAACAGGGUAACAGGUUUGACACCUGACUAUUGCACAUUAGGAGUAGAGAGUCCUUUAAUUUUAAACCAGUUAACUACAGAUUAGCCGAUUUUUGUCACACACAAAUGCAAAAGAAAAAAAAAGAUUUGCAAUAAAUAAAGACAGGAUCGCAGUAUGCUAUAAACUGUGAAGCUCUUCGAUAAAGUGCCUUACCAAGCGUGAGAAAUAUCUAUUUCCUUAUAACAUUGUUUUUGUAAUUAUUUAAAAGCCACGGUAGAGACUGUCAUUUAAACCACUUGUUGACCUGAUUGCACUAUACCUGCAGGCAAACAUAAAAACGUAACUCGGAAAUAAUAGCACUGCAAUCUCAAAGCCUGUCAGUGAAGUCAGUCCUAUACUAGUCAGACGUCUUCUGUGCACUCAAAUGAGAGAAUGUAGCCUCUAACAGGAUUUUCUUUUUGAAGGUCCCUCAAAGAAAAAGCAAGCGGUCCUGCUUGGAUGUUGUUAUGAAUGGAUUCAGCCACUAGGUGGCAACAAUGCACUAGCGUUUCCCCUUUUCUCUCCCGGAGCCAUUGUGUUAAAAGUGUGUUCCUAAGAAACGUGUGAGUCGGUGUCUUUGAAUGUAUUGUUCUUGUAGCACAGUAACUGUGCGGGUAGUUCAUAACCAUGUUGUGAAUAAACGUCUUUACAAGUCGAAGAUGAGUUUUUUAAGUAUAUACAUAUAUAUAUAUAUAUAUAUACAUAAAUAUAGUAUAAUAUUUGAAGAACUGUCCAUCCUGCUGUACAUCCACUGCAGUCUUUGGUUAUUUCACACAGACAUUUAUGCAAUAACUGUCAUCACAAACCCACAACAAAUUAAUAAACCAU